AUGGCGCCGAAUACGAACGUCAGUGGAGACGUGUGUAUCGAGGACUGUCGUAGCAGUCUUCCGCUCGACAGUUAUGACGUCGUGAGCCCGCGCAGUAGCAAGCACGAUCCGGAGGACGUGGUUAUUCUCUUUGAUUGGGACGAUACGCUCAUGGCGUCGUCAGCGAUUGCCAAGCACGGGCUUUGCCCCAAGUACAUUAACGAAGAGCCAGAGAUCCCGGACGACGUGCAAGCCGAGCUAAAGGAGCUGGAAGAGUCGGUCGUGCAGCUCCUGGAGACCGCGCUGUCGUAUGGCCGCGUGGUCAUUGUGACAGCAGCUGAGACUGGAUGGGUGGAGCUCUCGGCGUCGCUCUUUAUGCCGCGCCUUGUGCCGUUCUUCGACACGCGGAUCAAAGUUGUCUCAGCGCGCUCGACGUACGAGUAUUUGUACCCAGACUGUCCGCGCCGAUGGAAAGUGGAGGCGUUCAACAAUGAGGUGUUUCCAGUGUGGGAGUCGUACAACGAAGAAGACUCGGCUGGAAUUCCGCGGCAUGUCAUCUCGCUCGGCGACGGCCCUACCGAGCGCGAGGCGCUGAUUAACGUCAAGAUGCAGGCUAUGGACGCGUGUCAUGGCAAGUCGAUGAAGUUCAUUGCAUACCCGAAGAUUAGCGACUUGCAGCUCGAGGUGGAGCUCAUUCAUGCCAACAUGGAGCACUUGUGCACGCACGAGGGAGACCUGGACUUGCAAAUUACAUGGGAAAUGCUCAACAGCAGCGAUUGA